CGCCUCUGUACGAUUGGCAUCUCUCUGACCUCGAACACCUCUGUCUCCUCCUGCAUGAAAUUUCUGUGGAAGAAAAUGGAUUUUCUGAGUUUGCUGCUGCUUCUCUUCUCGGCAGCGGCUGUGAGCAGAGCUCAGGUGCAGCAGGAGCCGGCGGCAGAGACCAGAGAGGGCACAGGCGUCAACAUCACCUGCUCACACCCCAACAUACAGUCCAACGAGAUCAUCUACUGGUACCGUCAGCUCCCGGGCCGAGGACCCGCAUUAAUCGUCAGCGCCGUUAAAGGCUUCAAGCAGGUGUCGGACCCGGAGGGGCAGCUGUGGGUGUCGGCAGACCGCCUCUCCAGCGUCCUGCGGCUCGCCCGGCCCCGGCUCGGGGACGCGGCGCUGUAUUACUGCGUGUUGCUAGCACGGGGAGACGAGCCGGGGCUGCGGCCGGGCACGAACCGCUUGGGGCGGGGCGGGGGCACAGUGCCGUCCGGGCCCGCAGGGGGCGCUGCCUGCAUGGCCGCCAAACUCCAUCCUGACCGGGAAUUUCUCCGGGACCACCGGCUUCAGCAGGGCGGGCACCUUCUGCCACAGGAGCGGCUGCCCAAGCCGGACAAGUCAAAGCCCCCCGAGGUGAUGGGCACGCCCUCAGAGCUGAGGAUGCGGCCAACAGCAGCGGAGGUGGAGGAGCCCACGGCGGUGUUCUGCGGGAAGGAGCUGAGGAUGGGUCCGGGCAGGGUCACCACCACGGGAGAGGGCUGGAUGAUGAUGGUGGAGUUCUGGCACUGCCUGACACAGGGCUCAUUGCAGCUGCUGGUCAGAAGGGUCUGGAUGUAUGGCCAGAAUGGCAGGCAAUUAGGUUAG